AUGCUGACUCAGGCCAAAUCCAAGUGGUUUCAUUCCAGAGGUGAAGUGAAGCAGGGGUCUUUAGUUCUUAUCAAGGACAAGAUAACACCACCGCUGCUCUGGUCUCUGGGCCGGGUCAUGACGACCUAUCCCGGCGUAGACGGAGCCACGCGAGUGGCUGAGUUGAAGACGAAGCGAGGCAUCAUUCGUCGUGCUGUCAACUGCAUCUGUCCUCUGCCAAUUGAAGAUUGA